UUACCUUUUACAAUAUUUAUAAAUAUAUAUUUUUUACAUUUUUAAUUUAUAUUACAUAUUUAUUUAAUUCACAAUACAUAUUUAGUUUCCAUAUCUAUUUUAACAUAAUGAUAUUGGGAAAUAAGGUAUAUUGUUUUAUACUAAAAUAUUCUAGUUGACGAGUAACAAGAUAUCUCAUUUAGCUCUUUAUUAACACUAAAACUAACGACAUUUUGUGUAUACCUAGUCCUAUCGUGUGCAGUCAAAAUGACCAGUGAUUAAAGAAGUAAUAGUUUUUAUGAUUUAAUUUAGAUAAUGGUUAAUUUAUUGCUAAAUCUAUAUAAAAUGAUGAACUUUCAUAAAAUUUUGUCCAAAUUUACUUUCGUUUAAUUUCAAUUAUAGACUUAAAUAGAAUUAUGCUUUUACUUAUAUAGAGGUAUAUCUUAUUCAACUUCGUUGCAUUUUUUACAAAUUAUUUUAUUAUCAAAUAUACAUUUGCCACAUACAUAUUACCCACAUCUUAAACAAAUUUUCGUAAUUUUGUAACCUUUACAAUUUUUUACUUGACAAGCAUUUUUGUAGUAAUGAAUCUGAACCUGUUAAUAGUUAUAUUGUAUGGCUUUUUUCUCGCGGUUCUUCAUACAAAAGUAAUGUAUGCACCAGGUUUAUAACAAUUUUGUGAAUUCUCUAUAAGUUGGCCCUAUAUUGUAGAUACCAUUGCAAAUUUAUUGGUUUGUAAACGUUGGCUUUUUUCACUCUUCUUAUCAAGUCGUAUAAACCUCAUGAUUUCAGCAAAGUCAUUCCAGCUCAUUGUUUUUGAAAAAAAUGCAGUUCUCCAAAUUUUAUUCCACAAAUAUGAGAUAUCUAAAUUUUUUGCCUGAUAUGCACUCUGGACAUAUAGCAGAGCAAUAAAUGCAUCUAGUUUUAUUGCAUCUAGCUCCCUCUUAGUCCCCAAUACUCUAAAUGCUUCUUCUUCCAUACAUUUUAUUAUGUGAUCCCUUAUACGGUGAUCAAUGAUAAGAUAAAAUGCCAUCUUUAUUUGUCUUUUCAUUAUAUGCUGUUUAGUAUAUCCCUAAAAAUAUUAUGAACUGAUGUCCUGCCAGGUUUGGGACUUACACCUAUUUCUCUCCAAAGUGUCCCAACGGGUCUAGUUUCGAUACGUUGAUUCUCUACAUCAGUCUCACCCUUUGCUGUCAAUGAUAAUUUCUUUCCUUUUUGUCCUGGAUGUGAACGCUUAUUUAUAAUAUUCAACUCUGAUUCGGUUGUAAAUAGCUUUUCAUGUGUUUCCAUGCCAUUUUCAAUUGCUGAAGUUUCUUGUUCAUCGCACAUUGAACAAGAUACACUCUUUUUCUAUGUCCGUUAUUUUUUUUUUUUUAUAACUUUUUUUAGAAGUCUUGACAUUUCUAGGGUAAAUAUUUAUCACAGAAUAAUACUAUGUAUGGAAUACAAAAUUAUUGUCAAAUUUGAUAUGCUUUACUUUUGCUUUUAUAACAACUUUACACAAAACGCUCUGAGAUGCUUUCUGUCUGAGUUUUAGAGAUAACAAGUUUAGAUGUCAACUAAUUUACUAACAAACUGAGAUGUAUUCUAGUGGAAAGGACAAUUUAUUACAAAGCUUAAAUCAGCGCCCUGGACAACCUAUGGCCAUGCAAGGUAUGCAAAGUAAAAUACCAGGAAUGGGUAUGAUGCCUACUCAAACCAGCGGUCCAAUGAAUCAUAUGGGUCCAAUUCAAACCAUGCAAACCAACUCAAUGUUAACGCAAAUGAAUUCAAUGGGUCAAGGAAAUAUACCUCAGCAAAUGACUCAAAUGGUUCCCAACCAAAUGGCACAAAUUACAACAGGUCAAAUGCAACAAAACAUGCAAACCCAAAUGCAAAAUCAACUAUCCAAUCAAAUAGGAAAUCAAAUUAGUGGUUCUCUAAAUGGCAUUCAAACAACAAUGCCACAGCAAAUGAAUCAAAUUACUCCAGGGCAAAUAGGUCCUAGUCAAAUGCAGCAACAAUUAAGUCAUAUGCAAAGGAAGCAAGGAGAAAUGAUAAAUGCCGGUUUCCCUGGCCCUCGAAAUGUUACACCAAAUCAAUUUCUGGGUCAGAGUCCAUCACCAUCUGCUCCAAGUCCUGCUGGUUUAGGUGCACCAUCAAGCAAUCAAAUGGUUGCAUCACCAGCAUUAGUUCCUUCACCUAGUCCACAACAUCCUAUGAUGGCAGGACCACAACGAUCUGUUGGCAUGGCACCAUCUCCUAGCAGUUCUUUAAAUACUCCAGGAGGGGUAGGAGCUACCCCAAGUCCACAACAAGAAGAUCAAGCAUAUAGGGAUAAAGUUAGACAAUUAAGUAAAUAUGUAGAACCUUUACGAAGAAUGAUUGCUAAAAUGGGAAAUGAAGGAAAUGUUGAUAAACUAAGCAAAAUGAAGAAACUUUUAGAAAUUUUAUCAAAUCCUAGCAAACGAAUGCCUUUAGAUACUUUACUAAAAUGUGAGGUAGUUCUUGAAAAAUUAGAUUUUAAACGAAAUGAUGCUAGUGUUGGGCCUCCAGUUACGACUUUAAAGGAACAUCAUUUCUUCAGUCCACUUUUAGAAGCAGUAAGCACUCAUCUCCAAAGUCCAGUUGUAAAUCAUACACUACAACGUACUUUUGGUCCGUGUCUAGAAGCUUUAUUUGGUCCAGAGAUAAAAAAUUUACCACAACCAUUAAAAAAACAAAAGAUAGAAGAGUCUCCUAAUGAAAUACCAGACGUACUACAAGGAGAAAUAGCUCGAUUAGAUCAACGGUUUAAGGUCAGUCUUGAUCCUGCACAACAAACUGGAUCAAAAUGUAUUCAAUUAAUAUGCUGGCUGGAUGAUCGUCAUCUUCCAUGUGUUCCUCCUGUAUCAGUAACUGUUCCCGCCGAUUAUCCUUUAACGCCACCACGUUGCGUAAUGGCACCCCAUGAAUAUGCCACAACAUUUCUUUGUGCAGUUCAGAAAGCUUUAAAUGCGCGCAUAACGAAACUUCCUCGACGUUUUUCUGUGUCUCAAUUAUUAGAUACUUGGGAAAUGAGUGUAAGACAAGCUAGCGCGCCUUCACAAAUUCCCGUUACUGCCAGUACUGUACUAAUGGGUUUGUAAUAUGUUUUUACGUAUACGAAAUAUUUUAUAAAUAUAAAAUUAUUACUAUGACGUAAUUGUUGAUUACAUAUGACUUUAUUAUUAUGACA